AUGUUUCACAAAACAGCACAGGCGCACAGUAUCAAGGACCUUGAGAAGACGCUGCCUCAAGUGUCUUCCAUCAACGGCAUGCAAGUCAAAGACUAUUUGCAGGCACUCUCGGAUGACAACAAAAUCUGCGUCGAGAAAAUUGGCAGCGGCAACUGGUACUGGAGUUUCCCGGCUGACGAGAAAAAGGCAAAGAAUGCCACUCUCAAAAAGGCCCAAGAAGAGUAUGACAAGGUCAGCGCAGCUGUGUCUGAGCUGCAGGCAAAAACAGAAGGUGCAGAAGCAGCUCGCGCAGAGGACGAGGACAUGCUCAUGGAGUCUGGCGGCGAUCGCAAAACUCUCAUCGCAAAGCAUGCCGACCUGAUGAAGGAGUUGGAACAACUUCGUACAGACUUAACCGCGUACAGCGAGCAGGAUCCGGUUGAGUUGGAGAAGAAAGAGAGUGAAGCACACAAAGUUCGCCUCGAUGCCGAAAAAUACACUGAUCACAUCUUGGCCAUGCAAGGAUGGUUCAAAACUAAUGCGGGCGGUGGUGGAGGGGAGGAUUUUCUUAAUUUGCUAAAGAUGCUAUAUGGUGAUGAGUACGACAAUGAGGAGCAAGGCUUGCGUGAGCUUUGA